UAGCGGGUAUAUGAAGCAGAAGAAAAAUUAUGAGAUAAAAAUGGAAUUAGAUUCCAGUUGAGAAAUGCAUGGGACCAGUUUUUUUUUAGGCGGAAAAGACGAUAUAUUUCCCUAUUCGUGUAGUCAUCUUCGGUAUAGUAUUCAUCUAGAUUGCUCAUAUAUUCUUAAUUUGGCUUUUGAGGCACUCACAUGGUUAGCUUACAAAAAGGCAAAACAAAGUGAAAGGCAAUUAUAACCGAUAUGAUUGUACUUUGUUGUAGGAUAAAUGUCAUUAAGAUCCCGUACGGAAGAAUCACACUGCCUACUUUGCUCCUUCACCAUGUUGCCUAACUUUGGUUUUUCUAAUCCACAUACAUAAACCCUAGUUAAUCUCACAAUAGACUUGACGAGUCCCUAAAAUGCAUUCACCAGUGAGGAACACGUGGGAGCCAAAUAAGAUUGUUUUUUUUUCAGAAACCCAAGUUAGGUGAGCCACGCUAUGCUAGUAGAACUUUUGCAUCGGACAAGCUCUUCUUCCGAUGAGUCCAGAGCAGAUCGUAGGCUUCCAUGCACCAGCAAUCAUGGUACCUAGGCAGAAACGGUAUGAAGGUAUCCCGUAUCCACCUUUCAAGACAGAGCUCUAGAGAUUCCGGGGAGACUUUUUCCAAAAUAAUGUCUAGGCAAAGGAAGGCAAUGUCUUCUGAAGCUCCAGAUUUGUCAACUGUCACUUUUUUUGAUUGAUCCUGUGAGUGAGCAUUAUGUUCCAAGAUGAUGAAUUUGUGCUGUAGAGAAUCAGUUUACAUUUUGCUAGUUGAACAAGAAUGUAAUAUACAUGUUUGUUAUAACCCAUAUCUAUUUGUUUGCUGAUGUUCUAGGAUAUCUCAAGGAUACCAACUGAAGAUGUAAAUCAUUCUUUGGUUCCUCAGCCACAGCCUUUUAAAAGCUCAAAGAAAGGAGGUCAACCAAGUCCGGUUUCAGUUCUAGAAGCUCUGUGACACCUCCACAACUUAAAAUCUAUACGGUGAUAAAUCGAUGAAUGCCACAUGCUUUCUAUUAGGGGAUAUUAACAUAUCAAUAAACGAUAAACGAGUCGGUAUUAGAAUAGAAUAUAGAAUAUAAUAUUUCCAUUAUUGUAUCUUCCUCUUAUCAAUAGCAUUAGGAAAACGUGUAUGUACAACUUGAUAUUAUACAACUUCUCACUUUCUGACACCUCCACAAUCUUUCCGGUGAAGACAACCUCAUUUUCCUUCUUAUUCAUCGAUGGGAGAUCAAGACAUAUCCCGUGGUACAAGAAAAUGAAUACAGAAGAAUGACAAGAUAACUAAUGUUUGAUUUUUGUCUAGAAAAUUAGAACAAUAGACGAUUGAAUCCCGUGUAAACCCUUAAAUUAAAUUUUAAUACGGACCGCGUAGAAUAAUUGAUAAAAUUAUACCUUAAUCUAAUAUAACGUCGAAGGCAGUCAUGUUACAAAUUACAAUACAUUGUUAUGUACAAGAAAGCAUGUGAUCGCUUGUAAUUUUGAACUUUUUCUGCGCUCUGCAUCGCCUAUAAAUCAAAACCUCCUUUUGGCUAAAUAUAUCACAAAGAAAGAAAGAAAGAAAGAAGAGCAAUGAGGAGCUUGAGAUUGAGCAUAGCUGUUCUCGCUGCAGUUUUUGUUUGUCUCUCCAUUCUGCAAUCCACUAGAGUUGCAGCUUUUCCGCCUUCCGUAAAGUGUAUCAUUCCAUACGGUCAAUGUACACCUGCGGAUCCCCCCGGUGAAACAUGCAAUGAGAGAUGCCUGAAGUCGGAGAGAAUACAUACGGAAGGCGGCCAGUGCAUCACUAAUCCGGGGUAUUGUAUGUGCUGCUAUGAUUUCGGCGUUUAAAAAAGAAAGCAUGAUCAGAUUUCAAAAGAUAGAGAACGACGUCACUUUGUGUGAGUGUGUGUGGAGGUGUUGCAGUUUGAUACUUAAGUGUUUUGUAUUCUACUUUGUUAUACCUUUGAUUUGUGUUCUGUUUGUUUUAUGGUGAUCAAGUUUCAUAUAAUAAAGCUUUUUUUUAACACUGAAUUCAAUAAACUUUCAAAUGGAACCUCUAGUUCAGGACAUCUCAAACUCCAUUCUAUUUAUCACUCUAAAAUAGAACGUAGAGUAAAAAUAAUUCAAAGGUAUUCUAUUUUUCACUUUAUAAUAAUGUAAAAAUGAGUUUACUUAAGUUGUUUAUUUUUUGUUCACCACUCUAUUUUUCAAUCUAAAAUAGAGUACAAUUGAAGUAUAACUCAAUUAUAUUAUAGAAUUAUUCUAUUUUAGAGUGAAAAAUAGAGAAAACCAUUAGAAAUGGUCUUAGAAUAUUACUGACGGCUAAAUAGACUUAGAAGGAAGAUAGUGCAAAAUAAUAAAGAAUAAAAGGGAUUGAUGAAUAUUACUUUUCAUAUAAUAAAGCUGAUUACAGUGGUGGAUGUAAAAAAAACCUUGAAUUAAUUCUUUCUCUUUUGAGACGAUUUCCGGCUAAGUCAAUUGACUGGUAGUUGCCUUUUAUAAUUCUCCAAUAUUUUCCCUGAGAUCAGUGGAACCGAUUACCGGCCCUUUUGCCACGGUGGUUACUUUAGGAAAUUAUAUUUUAUUUCUUUUUUUGAGUCUAGCUUGACUCUUUGGUUCCCUCUUUUGUUUCAAAAAUAUUCUACUUUUCUCUUUUCCACCCUAAAUCGAAGCAACAAUUCCUUUUCUGAUGGAUUCUAAAAAAAUCUUGACUGAAUUUUGUCUUACUAAUGGGAAUUUGGCAUCAAUCACGCUAGACCUGCUCCCAAAGAAUUUUCACCACCACCGCUGCGUAGUCUGUUUCUUCUCUCCGGCAACAACUAACAUGGCGGAUGUUCUCCACAAAGCGAUAAGAGCUAUGUCAAUUGAGGAUGAAGAGGAACCUCUCACGCUACCAGACGAACCCCGAUUUCGCGUUUUUGAUGAGAAUGAGACAAGCCUUUUAGAGCGCUUGCUCAAUCCGGACUAUCAAUCCAUGUCUCGAAUGAUAGAGUAUAUGAUGACGGCGUGGAGAGUCUACGAUCGUUUUCAAGGGAUUGCGCUCUCAAGGGAUAGAUUUCAGUUUAUUUUCCAGAGGGAAGAGGACUUGCAGACUGUACUCAAAGACCGUCCUUGGUCUUACAAUCAUUGGACUAUAGCCCUUGAGAGAUGGACGGCUAACCCUCCUGAUGAUUUCUUGAAGACGAUGGAUCUAUGGAUCCGUAUAAGGCAUAUUCCGGUGAACCAUUUCACUAGUGAUACUAUGUAUCGCCUUGCUUCAGAGGUGGGCAAAGUUGAUGUCAUUGCCUACGACCCUAAGGUCUCUCAGACUAAGGAUUACAUCAGAGCUAAAGUGUGUUUCAACCUGGAGAACCCGGCCAAGGCAUCUAGGAAGAUGAACAUCAAAUCAGGGGGUACAGUGAUCACAGAAUUUGAGUAUGAGAAAAUUCACAAACGAUGUUUUCACUGUCUUCGCCUCACCCAUGAGAAGAUUCGAUGCCCUUUGCUUCGUCAGGGAAAUAUUAAAGAUAAGCAAGCUCAGGAUGUGCAACAAGGUAGCAACCAAGCCGCUCAAAUUGCGAAACCGUUGAUGAUAGCAGAGGGUCCUCCGGGGUUUCCUCCAUUGUUCCCUGAGCUAUCAAAACAGGAUCAAAAGAUGGCUAUGCUAUAUAUCUCCCAUGCUAAUGAAACUGAGCGCAGAGCCAGGAUUAAGAGAGUUAAGCAAGGGAUAGCAGAUAGCACUAUAGAGACCUCGAUACGCCUUACCAAAAUUACUAAUGAGUUGGAUAAGGGUAAAGGCCACGUAUUCUCUUAUCAAGAGGAAACAGCGCCAAUGAAAAAACAGAAACCCUUCCUGCUUGUUUCACGCUCAGAAGACUCCCCAGGCUUGCUUAAUGACGAUGAAGCAGACUCCUCAGCUACUAACACCUCCUUCGCUUCUGCUCCAACUUUGAUACCAACGGGUUUUCAGCUUGGCCCUUCUUCGGGGGGAGGGGGGGGUGGGGGGUGGGAGGGGGGGGCGAGUCACCGGGUCCCAAAGUGUAAGCAAAGCUCAAAGAAGAAGGCCUCCUUCAUGGAAAAGGAAAAUAGGAAGCAGACAUGCGUCUUCUCAUGGUAUGACUUCAUCUGUUCCCGCUCUUCCAGCACCUGCAACAAGAUGAAAAGGAAGUCAUCUCCUCCUCCCUCUUCCUAA